AUGUUUUAUGUUUUAGAUUUGGCUUCAAAUGAAACGAUAAAAUCAGGGAAGAUAAGUCUCAAGGGAUCGCAAUCACAAGAUCAAAGUAACACCAAUAACAAAAAUAAUAAAAUCAAUGUCAUAUACGGUCCUUUGAAACGAAGUCGAAAUGGCUGUUUGCAAUGCCGAAAAAGAAAAAAGAAAUGCAAUGAAGAACACCCAGUUUGUAGUUCAUGCAAGCACCGUAAUGUCGAGUGCACUUGGAGAACCGAAACAAAGUUCAAAAUUCUGAAGCACAGUCAUAAUUCAUCCACCCCCAAAAGUGUUCAGAAGAAUGAUUUUUCGAUAGAUCAAUCUGAGUCAUCAGCAAGCACCAGUGACAGCGCAGAACAAACACCCGAACCGUCAACCGAAGAGAGAGAACCAAACCUUGAAAUGGAUCAUGAAAUGAUGAAUCUAAUCCAACCGAUUGAUGGAUACGUUCAGAAUCACCAACAAUUAGUCCGUUCCCCGCAUUUUUCAUUCGAUGAUAAUUUUACAAAUUUUAUAGACUUACCCAUACCAUCGCCUAUUGGAUCCCAUAUUUUUCAACCUUUCAAGUAUCUAGAUCCACAGGGAUUGUAUUUUCUUGAUGGAUUCAUAGCCAAUGUCGGUCGGAAAUUUUCAAUUGGUCACGAAUCAUCCAAUUAUAUUCUUAAAACAUUCUAUCAGUUGAGUGAAGAACACGAGGCAAUAGCCCAUGCAUUGGCCGCUUGGGGAGGAAUAUUUCUCGAAGGUGGAUUCACUGAAAGCGUUAACUACUAUCUAAAUCAAGCCAUCACCAAAAUUUCUAAUGACUACCCUGAUAUGAACAAUUUAUCCAAAAAAGAUGUAUAUUUAUUACUCAAUUAUUAUUUAAUAUCAAUUGGGUCGCAGAUUUGUGGAGGAGAUGUAUACGAAUGGAACCAAAUGUUUGACAAAACAAUUGAAUUGGUCAAGAAGUGUGGUGGAUUAGAGAACAUAGUUAAGAUGUUUGAUUGCUCUAAUGAGAUUAAGUGGUUACUCUCUGAUAUUCAAUACCACGACGUAUUAUCCCUGCAGAGUUUCCAUAAAGGCACAAGCUUAACAAUGGAAGAGUACAAUGCAGUUUUCAAAGAAGCGAAUAUUUUAGAGUUGGGAAAUUAUGGAUUAGAUCCAUUUCAAGGAUGUAUUCAACCAAUAUUCUUAGUAUUGGGUGAAAUUAUAUCAAGCUCAGUCGAAUUGAAACAAAAACAGAUGCAAAUUGAAAAUGACGAAGAUAUGGGCGUGCGGCUAGAUUUUUACAACGAAAUGAACGAAUGCUACCAACAUUUAGAAACACAAAUAGCAAACUGUAUUCCCAAUAUGGAACAGAUGAAACAUAUCAGAGAUGACAGACACGAAAUCGAGAUGCAUUUAACUUUAUUUGAUGUGGCACUGAUAACUUGUCAGCUAUGUCUUAACUUUCUUAUUAAGAGAAUGCCGGCAAACACUUUGGAUAUGCAGAUAUUAUUAUUGAAUAGCUUGAAACAAUUGGAUUUUUUGAUACACACCAAAAUGAAAAGUGCAAUAUCUUUCAUUAUGUUCGUUUGUGGGAUAACUUGUUGUACUGACAGUGACAGAGAGAAGAUGCUCGAACGAUUCAAGAUAGUUAGUAUCGAAUACAAAGCUGCCAACUUAACGUUAAUACGCGAUAUUGUUCAGAAAGUAUGGGAACGUAAUGAUCAUGGCAGAUUAUGUGUUGACUGGUUGGUUAUUUGUGAAGAGAAUAAUUGGCAAGUUUCAUUUUGCUGA